UCGACGAGUCACAAUACUCUUAAUGUUCGCAUACUUUACAAAAAUCAAAAAUUAAUAUUCUGGCUUAACAACAAUAAAUACGACAUAUAGCUUAUUUCAUCGAAAUUAAACUUCUAUGAUGAAAAUGUUUUCAUUGGCAUUCUAGCAACUUCUAAUUUCGUUAACGAUGAGUUUGAGUUCUAAAAAAACUACCUCACAGAUAAGAACAAACCACGUAUAUAAGGCGGAUCAUUCAACUAGUUUCGCAUUUCGUGAAUGAUCGCUCAACUGAACACUAGUGCUGGAUAAAUAAACUGAUCCAAAAUGUGUGUUUGUGAUUGUUUGUGCUCUCUAAUACUGUGGCCUGCUCUUAUUGGCGUGGGCGCCUAUUUUCUGAGGCAGUAUAUGCAGGGCGGCAAGUUUACAAAGCAGACCAAUGAAUCCGGCAAAGUAUUUAUUAUUACGGGAGCCAACACGGGAAUCGGCAAGGAGACAGCCCUGGAGAUCGCCAAGCGAGGAGGCACCGUCUACCUGGCGUGCCGGAAUAUGAACAGAUGUGAAAAGGCCCGCCAAGAAAUCAUCAAGGAGACCAACAACCAGAAGGUCUUUGCUCGAGAGUUGGAUCUAAGUUCUCUGGAAUCGAUUCGUAAAUUUGCUGCAGGAUUUAAACGUGAAGAGGACCAACUUCAUGUCCUGAUUAACAAUGCCGGAGUGAUGCACAUCGAGAAAACUUUGACCAAGGAUGGCUUUGAGUUGCAGUUGGGUGUCAACCACAUGGGUCACUUCCUGCUCACGCAUUUACUCCUGGAUGUGCUGAAGAAAACUGCUCCCAGUCGUAUUGUAAACGUUUCGAGCUUGGCCCACACUCAAGGAUCUAUCAAUGUUGAAGACUUGAACAGCGAGAAGUCCUACAGUAGAAUCAAUGCCUAUAGCCAGAGCAAAUUGGCCAACGUCCUGUUUACCCGCGAACUGUCCAAGCGAUUGGAAGGAACCGGUGUCACUGUCAAUUCCCUCCAUCCUGGCGCUGUGGACACGGAGCUGCAAAGAAAUUGGGGCUUCCUCAAGAUUGACCUGGUGAAACUUUUGGUGCGUCCUCUAUUGUGGACGCUUUUCAAGACAUCAAAGAAUGGAGCCCAGACUACCCUUUAUGCUGCCCUAGACCCCGAUUUGGAGAAGGUUUCGGGAUUGUACUUCAGUGACUGCAAACCUAAGGAUGUGGCUCCUGCCGCCAAGGACAACAAAACCGCUAAGUUCUUGUGGGCUGAGAGCGAGAAGUGGACUGGCGUGAAUAGUUCAAAGUUGGACUAAAACAUUUUAUUUCAAAGUUGUACUAAAACAUAUUUAAAAUAAAUCGUAUUUAUUGUAA